UGAAGACCCACUCUGACUGCCGAGGCAGCCUCUCUCCUACCCCACGGCACCACCCCCAGAGCUCCUGAGCGCCGAGCCAGUCUGGGAAGUCGGGUCAAUGCACGUUGUGCCUGGUUCUCCAAUGCUGUACUUGACCCGCCAGCGCGUGGAGAAGACCCCGUGAGUAUGUGGAGCUGCUCAUAGAGAUUCACUGUCUUCUCAGCAGGAACACAGAAACUACUUGUCUGCCUGACUCAUCUUGUGCAAGACCUGACACGGCCUGUGAGAGUGAUCAUGAAAAUCCACGUCCACGGACCUAAGUGACAGCCGUCAGCCCCCUUUGCAGAUUUAACCUUGUUCUGAUGGCAGAAUGACCCGCUGAAAAGUCCAGCUUCCGGAAAGAGGUGAUCGGAGCGUCAGGCUUGGUCCAGCCCUGCUGGGAGCCCUCCUGCACACAGACCUGAGGAAGAGCGCCAGUGUGGACCAGGGCGCCAUGAGGGUGGAGCUCCUACCUGCGCUGACCGACAACUACAUGUACCUGAUCAUCGAUGAGGACACCAAGGAGGCCGCCGUCGUGGACCCCGUGCAGCCCCAGAAGGUUGUGGAGACGGUGAGGAAGCACGGCGUGAAGCUGACCACUGUGCUCACCACCCACCACCACUGGGAUCAUGCUGGUGGCAACGAGAAGCUGGUGAAGCUGCAGCCGGGGCUGAAGGUGUACGGGGGUGACGACCGCAUUGGGGCGCUGACCCACAGAGCCACGCACCUGAGCACACUGCAGGUGGGGUCCCUGCAUGUCAAGUGUCUGUGGACGCCGUGCCACACCUCUGGACACGUCUGCUACUUUGUGAGCAAGCCCAACAGCUCCGAGUCGCCAGCCGUGUUCACAGGAGACACACUGUUCGUGGCGGGCUGUGGGAAGUUCUACGAAGGCACAGCAGACGAGAUGUUCAAGGCUCUGCUAGAGGUCCUUGGCCGGCUGCCCCCCGACACGAGAGUGUACUGCGGCCACGAGUACACCGUCAACAACCUCAAGUUCGCGCGCCACGUGGAGCCCCACAACACCGCCAUCCAGGAGAAGCUGGCCUGGGCCAAGGAGAAGUACAGCCUGGGGGAGCCCACGGUGCCGUCCACCAUCGCCGAGGAGCUCACCUACAACCCGUUCAUGAGAGUCAGCAGGGAGAAGACAGUGCAGCAGCAUGCGGGCGAGUCAGACCCUGUCACCACCAUGCGGGCCAUCCGCAAAGAGAAGGACCAGUUUAAGGCGCCCCGCGACUGAGGCGCUGGGCGGGGCGCUCCAGCCCGGGAGCCCGAGACACACCCCGAGCCCUUGCUGUGUGUGAGCCCAGCCUAUUUAUAAGACAUCGCAGAGCCAGCAGACUGUGUGUUCUCUGCCUUGCCGGGGCCUGUGUGUGUGGUCCCACGCGGUGUCCCGGAGCCUCCCCUCCACCCGCAGCUGUCCCCAAGGCCACUACAGGCCUCAUCCCACAGGAAGUGGGUCGGUCUGGGCCCAGGGAGGACUGGGGUCCUGGGCCCCAGCUCAGUGGAGUGGGCAGGGCCCAGGAGGGCAGAGGGUGACUCGCCCAGACCCAGGGCACUGUCUGCAGAGAGCAGAAGGAAGGUGUUGGCGGCCUCACCUAUGGGCCUGAGUUCUCCCCUGGCUCUGGUCUGCGCAGAGGUCUGGCCCCUUUCCUGUCCCUGUCACCACGAGUGUCUGCACUGUGCUCCUCCGUGUCUCCAGGCCCACAGGCAGCUUUUUCUUCAGUGGCAGGUAGCCCUGGUGAGAACCACUGACAGAGCCAGGUCUGAGGUCAGGGCGCUGUAGCCUGGGGGCGGGGGUACCAACUCACUAGUCUGGCCCUGCCCAGGGAACAGUGUCUGUCUUCUCUGUCUGUCCUGCGCCCUCUCUCUCUCUCUCUCUCUCUCUCUCUCGCCCUCUAUCUCAGGGUGGGGGUGUCUGGCCUGUGGGGCAUACAUGCCUGCAAAGUCAUUUGGUCUGGUCCUGCCACGGCAACUGCUGGCGGGACUCUAGUUCAAUAAACCCAGGAGCUUUCUCAUAGCGA